AUGGAGGAUCGGGAUUCCUACCCGGGCACACCAAACAAUGGGGAGAGGAGAGGCAACGGCCACGGCCACGGCCACGGCACCGCCAAUGGUAAUGGCAACGGCAACGGUAACGGCAAGACGGCCAUGGGAGAAGCACUCGCCCGGACGCCCAUCCGCAAGGACUCCUUUGAUCGCCUCGACGGCUUUCCGCAGGUCGAGUUGACCCCGCGACGAUUCUCCACUGGCGCCGCGCGAAUCCCGAUGCCCGCCCCGCGAGUCUUCGCAGCGCAGGCCGCGGCUGAGGAGGUGCUGGAAGAGAAACGGUCGCGGACACCACGGGAACAACAAGACUUGACUGCGGCCAUUUCUUCGAGGUUCAACAUCUGCUCCGAUACGCCCUCGAUUGCGCGACUGGCAGCUUUGACAAGCCCGUGCUACUUUCAUAAGCGCUUCGGGGAUGCAGUGGACAUCCAGAAAGUGUUGGAAGAGAUUCGAGGUGAUGAUCAGCUGAGCCAUAGUCGGCUUAUGCAGACCGCAGCGUCGGUGAGGGAGGUGUCCAGACAGUUGCAAAGACGACCCUUGAAGCGCGCGGUGAAGAACGUCAUGGUGAUCACGAAAGCAAGGGACAACACGCUGGUUACUCUUACGAGAGAGUUGAGCGAGUUCUUGCUUGCAACGCCCAGAUACGGCAAGCACAUUGGUGUCAACGUGUGGGUAGACUCCAAGUUGAAGAAGUCGAAGCGAUUUGACCUUGACUCGCUCUUGGCACGAGAUGAGAGAUUUAAAGAUAUGCUGCAUUUCUGGACACCUGCGUUAUGCCUGGAAAGGCCGGAACUGUUUGAUCUUGUCAUCACGCUCGGCGGCGACGGCACAGUGCUCUUCACUUCCUGGCUCUUUCAGCGCAUCGUUCCCCCGGUCCUAGCGUUUGCCCUGGGCUCGUUGGGCUUCCUCACGAAUUUCGACUUUGAGAAGUACAAAGAUCAGCUCAACCGGAUCAUGGGUGAUCAUGGCAUGCGAGUGAACUUACGCAUGCGCUUUACAUGCACGGUGUACCGAUCUGCAGCGUCGUCAGUAACAGCCUCGUCCGCAGCUUCGUCCGCGAGCCAGUCCACGACCGCGAGCCAGUACGGUGGCGAGCCGCAAUCACCCAAGAUCGAGGGCGAAACGCAUGAAGUCCUAAACGAGCUGGUUAUUGACCGCGGCCCAAGCUCAUACAUUUCCAGUCUCGAUCUCUACGCGAACGACAGUCUCCUCACUCGCAUCAGCGCCGACGGCAUCAUUCUCAGUACGCCCACGGGGAGCACGGCGUAUUCUCUCAGCGCUGGAGGGAGUCUGGUCCAUCCGGACAUACCUGCCAUUCUCCUGACGCCUAUCUGUCCACAUACAUUAUCCUUCCGACCUAUGCUACUGAACGAUGAUAUGGCUCUCAAAGUCGCCAUACCCUCUUCUGGACGCGGUGGGGCAUUCGUCUCAUUCGACGGCAAAGGUCGCGUGGAGCUCGGUCGCGGCGACGAAGUGGUCGUUCGCGCGUCUCGAUACCCCUUCCCGACGGUGAUGGGCCAGCCCUUGGAAUGGUUUGAUAGCAUCUCCCGAACCUUGCGCUGGAACACGAGAGCGGCGGAGCAGAAAGGAUGGGCGGGUGGUGCUGGCGGCGAGGGCGACGGAGACGGUGCGGAUAUGGCGGAGAACGAGGAGAGGGAGGGAAGACAGAAAGAGGCAGAAUUCGACAUUGAUUUUGAAGACGACGAUGAGACUGUCAGCGCGAAAGAUAGUGGCUAUUCGGAGUCCGGCGGCAAUGGCAGUGAGAAGCGAUGGAGUUGA